ACGAAAAUAAAAUGGGGGAAAAAUAUCUCGAGACUUUGUCUCCCCCAUGCGGUGUAGCAGAAUAACUACAUGUUGUGUUGUCGUCUCUAUGGUGAUGUUUUGUGUGAGCAACAUAAGAUUUCUGGGACGCUACCGGAGUUCAAAUCUCUGUUCUUGACACUCAAGUUGUUGCUGUAUGCACAGAAAGAUCUAAAAGAGUAGACAGAACGAGUGUGACGAGACAAACAGAAGACAGAAGACAGACUCUCCUUGGGGUAAGAGUGACUUGUCUCUUAAAAAUGGGUCAAACUGUCAAUUCUCUGGCAUAAACAAACAAGAUCAAACACUGAGAAGAUGAAGGAAGGACACUGUGGUUACUUAACUAUAUUAAACUAAAUGUAAAGAGUUGUUUUGCAAGAAGAUGUUAAGACAUUACAGACACGUAAGAUUUCAUUAUGAAACUGUAAAGCUGAAAAAUUAAAGGCAAACACAACUCUGCAGCAGCAAACCCCAACUAUGGAAACGGAUCCUACCACCAGAGAAGCUCAUGCUAUGUCCACACUUCUAGAGGCUUCUGGAAACUGUCGGCAGAACAUCAGCCAGGAGCUGAACCUUCAUCCUGUCAGUGAUUCUCUCUGCAGUGAACAGAAGAAGCUGCGGCAUGUGUUGGACUGGGCUCACAGAUUCCUCUGCUAUGGUUCCGAGGUUUGCCAGGAAUUUUGCAGGGCUGACGGUUUGAUUCUGGCUGCGGACAGAAAUGAAAUGAAGAGGAAAACGGAGGAAAUGUCACCUUUACAGGACAAUCUCCCGCACAUGAGAGAUGAGGUCACUUGGCCCGAGAACAGAGAAAUGGAUCAAAUGAAACAGAGCCGGGAGCUACAGCAUCCAAGCGUUAAACACAGUAUUAUCCAAGACAACGAGACUGUGAUAAAUAGACUGCACAAAUCAAUGUCACAAACGAGCACAAACCAAACUUAUGCACCAGCAAAACACUUCAUCACAGACUCCAAACCAUGCAGGAGAGUGUCUUUACAAUGUGAUUACACAGAUAUGAGUCACAGAAUGGAUGGAGCUCAGUCAAAAGGAUCAGAAAAUCAACAGAGGGAAGAAGCUGAAGAGAAGAUGGGAGUUGUAAAGGAAAAAACAGACACAAAACAGGAAAAGAAAUUCAACUCAGCUUCUAUGCUGUUCUGUGACAAUAAUGAUCAUGAUAUUAACAAUGAUUGCCUCAGUAAGCCACAAAGGGAACCUGCACAGAAAUCACAGACAGCACAGCCCAGUUUUCCCUGUCACUUACAAAUACCAUCGAAUUUAACUGUAUACGAGAAGUACCAGCUUUGUAUGGACCAGUUGCAGAACCUCAGACUGAGACAAAACCAUGUCACUGAACUUGGAUGUCUCAUUGACUCACCUACAAAAGUGCAAAAGACCUCUAAAGAAGUGGUAGCACCUGUUGAAACGCCAGUGCCGCCUACAUUUCCCUUCAAACUUUACUCCUCCAGCACAAAUCCAGACCUUAAAAAGCGUCUAAAUGAAAAAACACACCAAGACGUUUCAGCUGCAGAAAAUCCAGAGGAGAGUAGCUCGGAUUAUUUGACUUUGAGGGAAAGACUCACAAAGAAACACACAUCAGAGGAUAGAAGGAGACAAACGUCACCUCAGAGGGACACACAGACAUUUCUACAACCCACAGACACACACAAACGUCAGUAUGCAGACCUGACACCAACAUCACCAGUCACAGGUGCAACAGUGCAUGCUGUGAACAACACAGACAGUAAAGAUGGUCCAGCAGGUGUCCCUGUGUGUGACCGCUGGCUGUGUCUACCUGAUGAAGUGUGGCUCCUCAUGCUGUCUCUGCUGCCACACAGUGACCUGUGCAGAGUGUCUCAGGUCUGCAGUCACCUGCACAGACUAACCAUUGACCACACACUAUGGAAACAUCUCACAAUUGAAAACUCAACCCUAUCAGAGCGGUGGUUGGUUUCAAUGGGCAGACGUCGUCCUCUCAGCCUUUGUCUGUACAGCUGCAGUGGCCCGUCCAUCACUUCCAACGGGCUGGAGAUGUUUUUCACUCUAUGUAGAAAUUAUUUAGAGGAAGUCAAGGUCAUAAGUUGUACUGGUGCUGGUCUCCAUGGUGAUCGAAUAUUACGUCUAAUUGGUCAGCUGUGUGAUCAUGUGACCACCGUGGAUGUGAGCUGGAGUGGAGCAACGGACACGGGAGUGAAAGCUCUGUGUGGCUCCGCACGGUCAAGAUUAAACUCAAUAAUCCUGAAUGGCUGCCAUGUCACCGAUGACCCAAUAAAGAAACUCAUCGUGAGACACAAAGAAAGCCUGUGCAGACUGGAAGUGUUUGGCUGCCAGUACCUCACCCCAUCCUGUCUACAGUCAAUAUAUCAGAUGUGUCCAGGCCUAAAGCAUCUUAACAUCGGACAGGUGCCGAAAGUCAAUGCACAUAGCCUGACUGCCAUGACGUCACAGCUCAAAUGUCUUAUUUCCCUUAAUCUAACUGGUCUACAAGCAGUGACCGAUGACACUGUGGCCACUUUGCUUCAAAACUGUGUCAAACUACAGCGUCUUAACCUCAGUUCCUGUCCUGGAGUCACUGACCUGACGCUGCACAACAUCGGCAGAUACACACCAUGUAUUAGAUCCCUGGAUUUGAGAUGCUGUAAGGCAGUAACAGACGCAGGAGUUCAGUCUCUGACUCUGGGAUGUAGACGACUUCAGUACCUGGAUCUCAGUUCCACCAGGACAGGAAACAGAGGGGUUAAUCUGCUCACCAAUUACUGCAGUGGACACCUUCAUACUGUCAAACUCAGUUUCUGCCACAUCAGCUUAGCGAACAUACUGAAGCUCUGCAGACGUGGCAAGAGGCUGAAGGUGCUCCAUCUGUACGGCUGUGCUCGGCUCCCCACUGAGAGAGAGAUUCGAGAAGUUAACACCAAUGUUCAAGUUUAUCCUCUGCCAUAAAUAACAUUCAAACAUCUGCAAACAACUGGAAGGAUAAAGCCGACC